AUCCACAUACAUACAGCUAUGCUCACACCCCCUCCCUCCAAAAUUUCCAGUUUCUCACACACGCACACACUCUCUCUCUCUAGCUAUCUCUAUCUCUCAGUUUCCAAUGUCGGCAAGAGGUAGUGGAAGAGUGAGUUCCAAACCAGACACUAAUGAGAAGACGAAGACGAAGACGACGACAAGCACUCACAAUCACAACUCAACUGACAGAGCUUCUGGUGAAAAGAGCAGAUUCCCAACAACAAGUUGCAGAUUCAGAGUACCAACACGAUCAGAAUUAUCAUCGCCUGUGAAAUUCCUCAAGCGACUCGGAGACAAGGUUGUUGCAGCCAUGAAUUUCGUGUCCCGGAGGCAGAGGCAGAGAAGGAGGAGAUCCUCUUCCAACGUUUCUUCGUCCUCCGGAAGAUCCAAUCCAUCCAUAGCUCCGCUUGAUUCUCAUCAUAGAGCUGAAGCAAUCAGCGACUGCAUCGAGUUCAUCAAUUCCUCUUCUUCUUUGCAGAGAUCCAAUUCUGUUCCUACAAAUCCUGUCUAACUUUCUCAUCAAGUUCUUGCCUUGAUGUUCUUGUUUUCCUUCUAAUUAGUAUUAGUGGCAGCAAUUGGCAACCUUUUUUUUCACUCAAAAGCUUUGGUUAUGUAAGAAUUUAUUCUUAAUUAGGUUGUCAUUGACUAUAUUUUGUUUGGUUUGUGAAAAACGGGUUGAACGUGAUUCAGAUA